AAUUUGCUUGUUACAUAAAAAACCAAAUUUACGUACAUAAAUAUUCGUAGAGUAUCCGCACACGUAUACACAUAUACAUACAUAGUAGCUGUAUAAUAAAUAUAAGUAUGCCUGUCUGAGUAAGGCUGUGUGAAAUUCAUUAAAGAAAAUAUGCAUGUGUAACGUUAUUUGGUUUAUAGUAUAGAUCGUAGUAAGGUUUAGGUGAAGCUAUGCUGACAUUUGCAGAUUUGUCCAGUAUAUGUAUAUAUGUACAUAUAUUCAUCUGUGUGUUCCACUCUCCCGAAAGCCAAACUGUUUGACUGGCUGGCAAGUAUCUACUUUGGCCCACCUGAACCAGCCAAACAACUUUUGCGCAUGCGCGCAAACGUUGAUACAGAGAAACACAAAAGCUAAAAGCAAUAACAUACGCGGACGCGACACAAGCGUCUUCUUCUUCUUCGGUUGUUGGCGGACUCGUGUUGGGUUGAGCCAGCAACUUGUUGUCUUUGCGCUGGCCAAGUCAGUUCUGUGGCUUUCGUCUGCAUGGAAUGAUCGUGAGCGCAUCAGAAAAGCGUUAGCAUAUAGUAUAAUAAAAAAUCAAGUUUUGGAACUCCAUAUGCUGCUGUACAAUAAGAUCCAAACAAGAAAAUUGAGUGGCAACAGUGAACUAAAAUUCCAAUCUUUGACAAAAAAUAAAUACCAACCGAUACGGGUUUAAUAAAUGCUACAAAGUUAACAUAUUUAUUCACAUUCAGAUUUUGGAGAAAACUGAUCACACAUAUGCAGAUGUAGGCCCCAAAUUUAUGUCUGCAUAAAUGAACAUAUGUGUAAUGUGUGCUAGUCCCGUAAAUAAGCGACUAGAGGAGCCAAAUAUGCUACAUCUGUUUAUUUCCGCAUCAAAUAUACACGGAACGAGAAUUCGCCAGGAAGGCGGUGCACGUAGUCGUGUUAUAUAUAUUCUGAAAAUGUCCGAUCAGCCACUCUGUCGGAGCCUGUGCCUAUUGAUGUUAGUCAUCGCUCUGAUGGCAGCGCCACCCUUGGGAUCUGCGCAAGCACAUGAUGAGCCGUACAUUGUUAAGCCAACGCCCAUCUUACGUGCGACAGGUGCAGAUGAUUUAACCACUGUGUUAUUGGUAAAUAACGACGGAGGCGGACGCCUCGGUGACAGUCACGGCCGAUUUCUGUCGGUUCGUCCAGAAAUCGGUCUUCUGACCUCAACCGCACGCACCUUUAUCCAAGAGGGGGUCACAACUGAAUAUGCGACCCAGGUCGUGGGCACCACCCUAAACAAUGGUCGUCUGUAUGCCCAGUACCUGAAGAAGAGCUCGCGGGUGCUCUUCGAAAAUCGUCAGAUGUCGCCAUCUGUAGUUACUAGUUGGGUGGGCGAAGGUGAUCCCCAAACUCGCUCCUAUCUGCAAAGCCACAAUGAUCUGCUCGAUGCUGAAGCGCCGGAUUGGCGGGAAAUCGACGAUAGGUUAGAUCAUCAAUUUGUUGGCAAUACGGAUUAUAUUAAGCUUGGGCACGCCAGUCAAUUGAUGGAAGCUUCCACUGCUUCCGCCUUUGCGUCGACGGAACCAGGGAAAACUGGUGAAGUGCAGCUUGUGGCCAACUUCGGACGUAUGGAUGACAACGCCCUGAAAGUGGCUGCGCAUAAAGUUUUGCCAAUCGGCGAUUUGCCAACGUUUACAGUCAAGAAUCAUUUUGAGCCAAGCGCAUAUCAGACAAGCGAAGGCGAAAUAAAAUCACAAUCUGUUGGCGAACUAUUUGCUCAGACAGAGGAAGAAGGACGCUCCGCAAAGGUUUACUAUCAAGAUCUAAUGCAGGAUGGGAAAAAUGAGAACUCUCUAUCGAACCUCCAAUCUGAACGUGCCCCACCUAAUGUGGCAAAGAGCGUUCCGUCAACUGUUACCUACUAUGGAUUUGCCGAGUUUACAACACUCGUGGGCGAUAGUUUAAUUGUUUUUCUACCUAGCACUGCCCAGCCCAGUUCCGUUGUGGGCCACGUCACAUCCAUCAAGGGCAUGGCUACACUUAGAAUCAGCGAGGUUCAACCGCAGGUUGCCAGUCAAGAAAACCUUCUUGCCUCAAAGACGGCAGACAGUAAAACAUCCAGUACAACCAUAAAUCCGUGGGCUGUCUUUGUGGACGCCACGGAGACAAUGUCAACGGACAGCAGCAUUUCGCCGACGACUUCAGAGCUAAUAAUGUCUGAAAUUGGACAAUUUUCAACAGCAACACCUACUCUUGAUUUGACAGCAAACGAGAAGGUUGUCGAAUCGAGCGAUACAAAGCCAAUGUUUUCAUUGCCAACGGACCAAGAAAUUCAGGAAAUCUACGCGUCUCUGGCCAAAGCUGAAGCAGCGUCUUCUCCUUAUCCUUCUCCCUCACUCGUAUCCGUAUCUGUCGAAACAGUGAAACAGAUACAUCUUCCAAGCGUCCAACCGGAUGAGACCCUUGUGCCAAGCAUCCAACCGGAUGUAUCAAGUCUUCAGGUGCACGGAGGAGCAACAACGAUAUUCAUUGACGACGAUCCCUUUGCUAAUUUUGUAGAGCCCACUUCUGUGUUAACUAUUGAGUCCACGGCAACGACAGCGACAGCAGAAAUCAUUGCCAAACCAACAGCCGCAUUAAAGGAGAAGGAUACGACUUCAUAUACAAGUACCGAUGAGUCAGAAGAAGAAGUGUCGACAACAACGAUUUCAGAGGCUGAAGAAAACUCAACUCAAAACUCAACCACCCUCAGGUCACAGCUGCCCGAAGAUACAACAGAUCCUGCACCUCCUUCGCCGUCGCCUAUACCAAUAAUUAGGGAAAUAAGUGGCCCAGAUGAAGGGCAGUGCGCACAAAUCAACUCACAAGUGUUCUUGACGCAAAUUCCAAAGUCGAACACGAUUUUAAACACGCAAGUAGUACAGUAUCAAGAGCAUAUUCCAUUUGACAUAAAGGAGACAACUAAAUAUUACUGCAUAGAAGCGACACAGGCGAUUGAAUCACCACAACUGGAGAGGCCCACACAGACGUCACUUGUGCCAGAUGCGUCGACUUCGCUGCCUGCAAUAACGGUGCCAUCAGUCCAAGAAGAAACAACCACAGUGGAGACACAGACCGAGGUUGUUGAGGAAAGCUCAACCGAGGCGGAGAUAGAGCCAGAGACGGAGUCGGCGGAAGCGGUUAUUGAUGAUGAUUAUGUUACCGAGUCUGACAAUACUCAUCUAAUUGAUAAUGAUAAUGAUAAUGAGGAUUACGAUAAUGAUAGCGGCUCGGACGAAGUAGAUCUUAUAUACAAAACCCUAUACACAACCUACACGUAUCUGACGACCUUUUUCCAAGGCCCAUCCACAACUAUCUCUAGCCAUACGGAAAUUGUUACCAAUGUGGUUAGCUCUACACGCGAUGACGAUAAACAUCUGAGCACGAAAUCAACGGAUAUCGUUGAUAAUGAAAUCUCUGCCACUCGAACUCAAAAUGUAGACGCACAGAACACAGCUAUGGCAAAGACGAUACCCUCGAAAUAUAUGAUUCCCGAUGAACUAGAGAGCUUAUUGUAUGUUAGUGCCAACGAUCAGCCCAGCUCAACGGAUUCCAAUCAACAAACCAGCUAUCUUGAUGAUACGAAAUAUACAAAAACAUUCUUUACAACCUACACAUAUUACACGACAAUUUUCGCUGAGAGCGAAACCGAGAUAAUGUCACGUACUGAGGUCUUUACAAAUUACAUUACCGAACUUGGUGCGCCCAAAAAAUCGACACCCAACGAUAUACUGCCAUCUUUAACGUGGCCAGCCAUAUCCCUGUCCGUGUCGGAAACCACAUUUAGUACGGCAAACCCUGUUUCCGAACAACUUAAUCUCAAUAACGACGAAGGGGAUGGAGAAAAACAUGUUACACUGGUAACCGAUGUUCGAUCGAGCAGUUCCAAUGGCGAGCAACAAGUUAUUGGCGGCAAAAUUGGGGCUGACGAUCAGGUUAGUUCCGAGAGCAAUACGGAAGAGAUCCUGCCAUCCGCAACGCUGCUCCUUCAGACCAGUUUUACAACCUUUACCUUUUACACAACAAUGUAUGUGUCGGAUAGCACGAACGUCGUGAGUCGACUCGAAACUGUUACUAAUAUCGCCACAGAAACCUUACAGCCAACAAAGGUUUUGAGCCAUGAGGAAACCACGCUGCCGAUCACAUAUUUCACCACAUUCACUUAUUGGACCAAAUUGGCCAAGGACGGAGAGAUCACCACAAUUAGCAGAGAGGAAACCAUAUCGAAUGUGAUCGAGCCUUCAAAUCGUGUAGCCCUUGGCUCUGAUUACAGCUCAAACUCAAUUUCGGACUCGAGUUCAAUGUUGUCGACAAUACUACAGACAAGCGUUGGCUCGAAUAAUGCGAUAAGCACAAGUGAAACUAAUGUAUCAGAGCUGACAACCUUCUAUACCACAUAUACGUAUUAUACUACCUCAUAUGAAGCUAAUAAAACUGUGACAGAUUCUCGCUUUGAGACAAUCACAAAUGUGAUAACACCCAAAAGCGAUCCAAUUGCAACCUCAGCGGUAGAUAUAGAACCGUCAAUACCAAAAUCUAUUGCAAGCAGCGCCUCAGAGACCACGGAAACACAGGAUAGCAAAAAGAAUGAUUUGAUAUUCUACGAUUAUAAGCAUAUAAUCGAUGCAGAAGGUGUGAGCACCUUGUACUUUACAACUCAAAUCCAAUCAACGGUCGACGCUGAGGGUAAAGCCAUUGAGGUAACCAGCAGCACGUCCAGCUUGUCUAUCGACGAGGAGAAGAAAAUUAAUUUGGCCACGGCGCUGGCAAGUGAAGGGACGACAGAUGAGAGCUCAGCUUCUGCUCGCCAAUAUAAAACUGGAUUGGUUCGAUUAAUCGAGGGAACGCGAAUCGGAAAUAGUACCACGACCCUGUAUCAGUCCAAGGUUAUUGGCACCAUCAUAGACAGUCGCUAUGCGCAGAUUAUCGAGAGCACAUCCAGUUUCAUCUUCGAGAAGGCCAUAACAGCUGCCAGCGUGGUACCAAGUGCAACAGUUGAGGAGAUGAUGAUCAGCAGCACGCAGAGCGUCAGCCUCCUGCAGUCUGUGGCUCCAGUGGAGGGCAGCAUCGCUGGCGAAGGUGUUACCGAAGAUCCAAAUCAAGAGGAGGAGCAUGAUAAUGCUCGACUAGCGUUUCAGUCUAAAAAGCGAACGUUUGCGCCCGUGAUUAGACCUUUCGCCUCGCGUAACAGGCCAACAUUUGCGCCAAGGCACAAAACUCUGAGUCCAAGCAGUGCAACAAUUAUAACAAGAUCCGACAUAACACCAACAAUAACAGCAACUCCUGCUCUCAAAUCCGUGGGCAGAUAUAGUUCAUCUCGGAGGGGUGCUAUUUCCAAUGUCCCAAACAAUCCGCUUGACAAUGGUCUGGCAUCAUCAACAUCGUCAAGACGUCUAUUCGGACGCCCAAUAAAGCCGUCGACCGGCUCCGGAGUUAGCCAGAGUACGGGAAGCACACAGCAAGCGAGCCUAGGUUUUGCGUCCAGGAACCGUUUUGCGUCCUCAUCACGUGCUGCCCCGAUAUCUAGCUCGAGGCGUCUUAGUAUAAAUGCUUCCUAUCGCCCGUCCAGCAGUUCCAAUUUUCGUGCUUCAGCCCUGAAUGUUGCCAACUCCAAACAACGCAUUAAGCCAACCUCACUGAACGGCCAAUCUAUUGCGUCAACGUUGGCUCCAAAGCAGGCCAGUUCAGAUGGCAUCGAUGCCGACGAGGAGAGUUCCACGGAGGAGCAGACACAGGCCAAUGAAGAAGAUGAGAAAGCAGCGCAGAAUUCCAGACGUAGCCAGAAUCCAUUGUUGCGCUUCCGUCGACCUCUUAAUCGACCCAGCGGCUUCACGCCCACUCCACGUCCCAAUGCCAGUCCGGCUCCCAUUUCGCCCAGAAGGAAUCCGUUGUCGGGGCGAGCCAAAUCAACAACGACGACCACAACAACGACAACGACAACGGCUAGGCCACGUCCUCGUAGCUUCCAGCGACCUACCAUAUCCAGUCUUCAGGCACGAGCUAGGCCCCAAAGCAAUCUCUUUCCGCCGCGUGGACUGUUCCAGCAGCAAAGGGAACCAGUGCCAGCAGACAAUAGUGAAACAAAUGAUGCUGAUAACGAAUCCGAAUACGAUGAUGAUGAAGACGGAGAGCAGGCCGAUGGAGAUGGAGAUGAUGUGGAGAACGAGGCCAGACGCCGUCGCAGCUCCAAAGCAAAUCCAACAAUUCGAUCGCGUAAACGCCGCCAGGCAGAUACCCUAAACAGAAGUCGCUUUCGAUUUCGUCGUCCUAAAACCGUGACAACCGAGGAGCCCAUACCCGAAGAACUGCCUGAAACUUCGCCAAGCACAGCGCGUGCCAAAAUCAAUUCUCGCUUUGGAUCCAGAUACCAGGCCAAGCAAUCGAGUACAAACACGCCGCCCACAACAAGCCAUCGGUCGAUUCGUCCCACAAGACCCACAUCGCCACGUACACAGUUUACGCUCAGAGAGAAGGAUACCACAUCAAAGAGCAUUAGUCGGCCGGGUGGAAGUUCCUCGAAUUUUCGACGCCAGCAACAGCCGGCCAUACGACGCAAUCCCACUGUCUCCAGCUCCGCCUCUUCCAAUUCCCGCCGACUAAAGAACUACAGCAAUCAUAAUAACAAUAACAAUCUGGAGAGCUCCGGACUUCGUGCAUCCAGCAAUUCGCGCUCACGGAAUGCCAAUGCAAAUGCUGUGACAAGGGGUCGAGGCACAAUGCGCGGCAGGAAUCGCAACGAGUACAGCUUGGAGACGCCGCCCCCGGAACUGGGAUCAGUGACAAUCACGGUUACGCAUCUGAUACCGGCGGAGGUGACGGUCCCCGUUGUAAACGGUCAGGUGACCGAAUACAAAAACAUUGUUACAGCCAAGACAAGCAUCGAGGUACUGGGACCGCAUCAGUACACCCAAAGUCUGGGCAACAAUGGGCAGACGUCGCUGUUCCUAACCCGUGAGGAUUCUAGUGUGAAUGCAGCCGGUGCCACGGAGCUAACACGAUAUCUUCUGCAGGACUCCCUGACAUCGACUGUCACAUUUACGCCGACCACAAUUCGCGGCAGGAAGACAUCCUUCUCGCACGUUCUGCCCUCUACUGUAUACUCGGUGGAAAACGUGAUUUCCACGCUGCAGCCGCAGAUAGCGGCAAAUGCGCCGCUUGCGAAUAUUUUGCUGUCGCAGCUGUUAUUGGGCAACAUCAACUUGCCGAGCAAUCCUCUUCUGGGCGCACUUGGCCAGCCGCAAGCUCUAGGCUUGGGCACGGGCACGGGCUCAGCGGUAGUGGAGCCAACGUUUCCAGUUACAGAAUAUCGCACCCAUACGUCGACCUAUGUAACCACCAUAUACGACGGAAAGUCCACAAUUGUGCCGAUCACUUUCCAAGGCAAAAAGAUUUUAACAACCGUCUUUGAUACGACGGCACAGACAAUAACAGCCACAGAAUAUAGCGUGGACACAAUCAUAAAUACACCGAGCCCGCAGACACAACAACAGCAACUGCAGCCAUCCGGACAGGUGGCACAGGUGAACAGCCUUCUCCUGCAACAGUUGCUACUCCAACAACAGCAACAGCAGCAACAAUUGCAGAUACAGCUGCCGGCACAGAUAAUGCAGACGACGUCGCCGCAAAUACUUUUGAGUGAGAAUCUGCAGGAUCUAGAGGAGGGAACAGGAUUGGAUGCCAACGAUAAUAUCGAUGAUAUCAUAAAGCCAGCCAUUGGCCAUGAUGAUCAUCACGUGCAUUCCGGCAAGAACCGCAAAAAGACAAGAAAAUCAAACAAGGGUCACAAGCGCAACAAGCAACAGUUGCCCCGAGGAGUAUCAGGAGAGGAGGAGGAAAGUAGCGUGGUUACACUCUAUGUCUCUGGCCGCAGGCCAGGUGAGUUCAGCACCAUUCUAUCUACGGUGCUAAAUAGCCAUGAUCACCUGGCACCCUCCAGCCUGCACAAGAGACACGCCCAGACGGCUGUACUACAUAUUCCGGAGGAUGAGUAUGAGUUUGGGGAAAGCGAACGGGUGCUAUCGUAUUUACGACCUCAAGAACAAUUGGCAAAGAAUUUGAUUAACUCCGAUUUAGAUGAGGAUUGUGAGGAUUGUGCAUGGAGAGACCAUACGGCUUCCCUGGAGAGCAUCAUUGGCGACGUCGAUCUGUGGUAUGCCAAGGCAACGAAGCAGGCUCAACCACCCUCAUCGAGUACAAAGGAAACCUUGUCGAGCAGCAAAAAGAGUAUCAAUCAAUCUAUAUAUUUUUUAGAAUAAAUGACCUCGCUGAGUUGUUCCCACUUCAGUUGCAGGUCACAACUAUUACACAUUUGUUUACACAAUAUCCUCAAAGGAAUACAAGUCGGAUUUUCAAGCGAGAGGUCAUCGGCUCUCCGACCCGAUCCCGGUCCCGACUGCGAAAGGUCCUUGUACGACGCAAGCCCCACAAAUCUGUACUCCCAACACUAGUCAAUAACAACAACAAUCGUAGCGAAAUCGAUUCGAAAGGCAGUUCCGAGUCGCAGACCACGCAGCCAAAGAAACAUCGUGUUGUAGUUUUUCAGCGUAGACUUACAAAAAGUAGAAACCAUACAGAAAAUAAAUCUAAAACGGGAAGUUCCCCAACACUAACCAUGUCAAAGUUAACGUCAAACCCAGCCACAUUUCAAACGGAUCGUUUGCCAACACUAACUAUGUCAAAGAUGCCGUUUACGAUAAUCUCAGACACAUUUCAGACGGAACGCUUGCCAACUUUGCCACUAUCCAUGUCAAAGUCAACGUUAACGUCAAUUAACGACGCCACUAAGCGACCCAGAAGGCGUAAGCAAAAGCAACUGGGCAAUAAAAACCGUCAAUUAUCUAUUUCCAAACGGGUUACCAAGACCCGGCUACUGAAUACUACAACAAGUACUGAACUAUUCACAAGAACCUACACAUAUGUUGUGGAGCGGGUGCACAAUAAUCAAACCGAGCUUCUGGAAUCCAUCUCAUCAUUCACCCGAGUGCAUACCCGAACUCUGCCUGCGACACUGACGAUUACGCGUACUCAACUAAAUGAUGCUUUGGUUAUUGCCACACAACAACCUUGAGAUCUGAACGAAAUUAUUUCAGUAGGGUAGGGACCCAAACUUAAAACUCAAUUAUCCAUUAUCAAAGAAUAUUUCUGCAGAUAUAUGCUUUCUGCCAAUAUAUAAUAAUAUAUAUUUUGGUCUUAUCUUCUUUGAAAACUUAAUAAACUUAUUUAGCUCAACCUUUAAUAUUAA